GUUACAAAGAAGUCUGAAUAAUUAAUGUUUUUUUCAAUUAGUGACAAAAUUUAUUUGUUUACCGUUGAAAAAGAAUUCGACGGAAUUGAAAUAGAAAAGAAAAAGAAAGAUUAAUUUUAUCCGUGUUCAUUGUGCUUGCUGGGAAAGACAAUAUCCGUAAUAUAUAUUUCAUGUAAAAAAAAAAUACUGUGAUUGGUGUGUCAAAUUGUGCUAUAUACUAAAUUCGGUAGUGAAGUUAAUUAUAUCGUGCGAAUAUAAGUAUUGUGUGUAUUUUUUUUUAUUGAUGAACGAAUGGAAUUUCAUUCCGUAUAUAAGCACUUGAUAGAAAAUUUGUAUCGUCUAAACGAUUCAUUAGUGACUGAAAAAUUUAUAUUUCGGUCGUGCGAGAGGAAGACAAUGGUUUUCAAACGGAUUCUCCAAAUGUUCUCGAUAUUUUAUUACAAACGCAUGCGUCGUAGUGAGGACGUGAAGUCUUCGGAUUCUGGACCAGCAGAUUUUGAACGUGCGAUAUGCUCAUCAGGUUAUGGAAAAUUCAAUUAUUUAUUACUGCUGGCUGUACUGCCGGCCAGUUGUGCCAGCAUAUUUUCAUCUUCGUCGACAGCCUAUGUUCUACCAUCAGCCGAAUGUGAUCUUGAACUCACCAUGUUUGACAAGGGCCUGCUCAAUUCCAUGUCCUUUGCAGGUAUGAUCAGUACUAACUUUCUAUGGGGAUUCAUGGCCGAUACGUUUGGACGCAAAAGAAUAAUGUUUUACGGAUAUAUGCUCACCGGUUUUGUCACAUUGGCUACAUGUUUCUCGCACACAUCUUGGCUAUUAAUACUUAUCAAAUUUUUCGAAGGAUCGAUCAUAUCUGGUCCUUAUGCAGCGUUGAUGUCUUAUCUGGCGGAAGUACACGAUGAGAAUCAUCGUUCACGUACUUACAUGUGGUUGGGUGUUUUUUUCUCACUUGGAAACAUUUCCUUGCCGUGUAUAGCGUGGCUAAUUAUACCACAAAAAUGGAAUUGGAGUCUCUUAAAUGGCUUAAUUGAAAUCAAAUCCUGGAGAGUCUUUUUGGCAAUUUGUUCUUUUCCAGCUUUUUUGGCAUGUAUAACAAUCUUUUUUUUUCCUGAAAGUCCACGAUUUCUUCUAUUGAAAGGUCGUCGUGAAGAAGCUCUCGCAAUCUUUCAGAAAAUAUAUUCAGUCAACACUGGAAAGCCAGCAGAUACUUAUCUGAUAAAGGACUUAGAGGACGAAUACUCCAUAAAAUUACCGGGUGAUAAAUGGAAAGAGAAAAUACUAUCAUCUUGGGAACAAAUCAAGCCAUUAUUUUUACCUCCAAACGUGUUUAAUCUCGUAGUUGUAUCUUUGAUUCAACUUGGAGCAACGAUAGGAUCGAAUUCUUUGAGAUUAUGGAUGCCACAAUUAUUUUCUCUGAUAGAAAGUUACAAAGUCAAUCACGUACUAAAAGAUCAAAUGGGUUCUCAACCAUCCUUCUGUUACAUGUUGAAUAGUCCAGAAAAGAGUAAUGAUAAUGUUACAGUAAUUGUGAACUCUACUGCCGAGGCCGUCGUCGCGUGCGUUUCGACAGAACUAAAUUCGACAGUCUUCGUUAAUUCUAUAGUCAUCGCUCUUACUGGUGUCAUUGGCUACACUUUGGCUGGCACGUUGAUAACUGUCGUUGGGAAGAAAAAAUUAAUGGCAAUAUGUUUCCUCGUGGCAGCGUCUUGUUGCGGAUCUCUUUAUUGGGCGAAUGAUACAAAUGGAAUAUUGGGAUUAUCAUCUGUAUUUGUAGCAAUGUCAAGUAUCGGUGGGGCCACAGUAGUUAAUAUCAUCGUCGACAAUUUUCCAACUUGUCUUAGAACAAUGGCAGUUACUACAGCCAUGACGAUGGGAAGAUGUGGUGCAGUGAUUGGCAAUCUUUUGUUCCCAGUUCUAUUUGGACUGUCUUGUUUAGGACCAUUCAUUAUGAUUGGUUCGGCUUGUUUGUUCGCUGCUGCAUUGGUCAUCCUAUUACCUCGAAAACCUUCGACAAACAAAAAACCAAAGGAAAUCGUUUAAAAUUUAUAAGAGUAAUUUUCAAUCUCGUAUUAUCUAAUCGAUCGAUUGCACAAUCUACAAUGGAUAAAUAUAUUUAUGUAAAUAUAUAUUAGGCAUAAAAUCAACUUUUUUUUCGCAGACAAGGUCGACAUUAUCGAUCACUUGUCUUUACUUUCAUUAUGUAAAUACGUACACUCAUCUUAAUCAGCCGCUAAGUAAACUCUUUAUUCAGUCCUACCUAUUCUUAGGUGAAUGUAUUCUUGUGUAGAAGAUUAUAAUAUAUGUAUUAGUGUACAUGUAUAUAUAGGUAUAUAAAAAUAUUAUAAGUAUAUACUAAUAUGUAAUAAGUAUAAUAAUAAUAUUAUACGUAUUAAAAAUGUAUACGAAACGUGUAUACAUAUAUAGGUGAAUAUUUAAGCAUUUAAGAAUAGUUUCUUUUUUUUUUCUUUUUUUUUCUUUUUUUUUUUUUUUUUUUUUUAAUGGAAUCUCAAAUUGCGCCGUUAAUAUAAUUAUUUAUAAAGAAUGUAAUCUUUAUUAUAUCGAUGGUCGCGUGACAAAUAUGAAUUUUUCUUAAACAUUAUAAUAGAAAGUAUCGAUGGUGUAAGAUAUAAUGUAUCUCUAUAAUCUAGAACAAAAAAAAGAAGAAAGAAAAUAAUGAAAAAAAACAAUGAGCAUAAAAGAAAAUAGGAUAAUAUAUUUUAUUAUUGUUCAAAUAUUAUCCAAUAAUCCAUGUAAUAAUGCGAAUCAAUCAUUGUAUACGAA